AUGUUUUCAAGGUUGGCACCACCUAUCCGUUUUAUCAGUGCAAGAAUUAUAAAGGAGCCUACGAGACCAUUGAUUGUGAUGAAAAGACAAGCUACGUUGGCCAGGUUUUUCAGUUCUGUGAAGAAGGACGCCGAUGGGGACAAGAAAGGUGAGCAAGCUGAUGUGAAGACCGCAGCGGUCGAUUUGAACAGUCAUGAAGUGGACGCGAACAAGAGUCCCUUAAAGAAGAUGAAGCUGGAGUCCACAGGUUCUCUGACAGCUACGAAGAACGGCAAUCAGGGCAAGGAAGAGCACGAAGGUACUCCGAUUGCAAGCACUCCUCGCCAAGUUGACUCUAAGUUUUUUUGCAAGGUGCCUUAUUCUGACUUGUGUAACUUGUUUGAGGAGAUCGAGGGCACUUCUUCCCGUUUGGCAAUUAUCAAGCUAUGUUCUGACUUCUUCAUCAAGAUAAUGAAGGAGGACCCACAGAAUCUUAUCCCAGUGACGUACUUGUUUAUUAACAAACUGGGCCCCGACUAUGAGCCUGGGUUGGAAUUGGGUUUAGGUGAAAAUCUGCUGAUGAAGACAAUUAGUGAAUCAUGCGGUAAAUCAAUGCAACAGAUAAAAAACCAGUACAGAGAAAUUGGUGAUCUCGGUCAAAUUGCUCUCGAGGCCAGAAAUGUGCAACCUACAAUGUUCAAACCUAAGCCACUGGUAGUGGGUGAGGUAUUCGAAAACCUGAAGACUAUCGCAAAGUCUCAAGGUAAAGAUUCUCAGACAAAGAAGAUGAAACUGAUUAAAAGAAUGUUGACAGCGUGUCAAGGUACUGAGGCAAAAUUCUUGAUCAGAUCUCUGGAAUCGAAGUUAAGAAUUGGUCUGGCUGAAAAAACCGUUUUAAUUGCACUUUCGAAGGCAUUACUGAUACAUGACGAGAAAUACAGCAAUAAAGAGCCCUCGAUGGACGUUGUCGAACAAGCUGAGCAAAAGAUUCGAGACGCAUUUUGUCAAGUUCCAAACUAUGAAUUGGUUAUUAAUGCAUGCUUAGAUUACGGCAUUAUGAAACUUGAUGAACAUUGUACUAUACAACCUGGUAUCCCAUUAAAACCUAUGCUUGCAAAGCCUACAAAGGCAAUUAAUGAAGUGUUAGAUAGAUUUCAAGGACAAACUUUUACAUCGGAAUAUAAAUACGAUGGUGAAAGAGCUCAAGUUCAUUUGCUAAAAGAUGGUACCAUGAGAAUUUACUCCAGAAAUGGUGAAAACAUGACUGAAAGAUAUCCAGAAAUUCAAAUCAAGGAUUUUUUGGCAGAUCCGGCAUCAACUACAUCAUUAAUUCUUGAUUGUGAAGCAGUCGCUUGGGAUAAAGAACAAAAUAAAAUACUACCAUUUCAAGUCUUGACCACAAGAAAAAGGAAGGAUGUUAAUAUUAAUGAGGUGAAAGUUCGUGUGUGUCUGUUUGCUUUCGAUAUUUUAUUGCAUAAUGACAUGCGCCUGAUAAAUGAGCCACUGAGUAAAAGGCGGGAGGUAUUGCAUGAGGUAACAAAACCAGUUGAAGGUGAAUUCCAAUAUGCAACACAGAUGACCACUAGUAAUCUUGACGAAUUACAGAAAUUCUUAGACGAAUCAGUUAAAAAUUCUUGUGAAGGUUUGAUGGUUAAGAUGAUGGAUGGUGUUGAGUCAUAUUACGAACCAAGUAAACGUUCGAGAAAUUGGUUGAAAUUGAAAAAGGACUAUCUUGAAGGUGUUGGUGAUUCUCUAGAUUUAUGUGUGUUAGGGGCCUAUUUUGGUAGAGGUAAAAGAACGGGUACCUAUGGUGGUUUUUUACUUGGUUGUUAUAAUGCUGACAGUGAGGAUUUUGAGACUUGUUGUAAAAUAGGUACAGGUUUUUCGGAAGAAAUGCUACAAACACUAUAUGAAAAGCUAUCGCCCACUGUUAUUGAUGGCCCAAAAGGUACGUAUGUGUUUGACUCAAGUGCAGAACCGGACGUAUGGUUUGAACCAACAAUGCUAUUCGAAGUAUUGACUGCUGAUCUGUCACUAUCACCAAUCUACAAAGCAGGUAGCUCUGUUUAUGAUAAGGGUAUAUCCUUGAGAUUUCCGCGUUUUCUAAGAAUCAGAGAUGAUAAAUCUGUUGAGGACGCUACAUCAUCAGAACAGAUCAUAGAAAUGUACCAAAAUCAAAGUCAUGUAGCUAAUUAA